GCAAUCAAUAAUUGGAUAAACCAGCAUCUCCAUUACUCUGAUUGGCUAGUUUCUUCAAAAUACACGUCUAGAGUUUAACAAAAGUCAUUCUUUAUUUGACGCUCGUUUCCAAGUCUCUCGAGACAGAACUCAAAACUCAAACCGAAGAAGAACAAAAAUCAAAUCGAGCAGUCGAAUCACCAAUCUUAGAUCAAGAAUACGAAUAUCUCGAUCAGAUCUGGAAUAAAACCUUAGAUAUCUUCGAAGGAGAGAAAUCAAAUCUGAAAUCUCUCCCAGCGAUGGCGAAUCGUAGAUCGUCGUCAUUGUUGUAUUUUCUGUGUAUUUUGUGUUAUGCAGUUUGUUCACUUGCAGGGAAAAGCUAUUACGAUAUAUUACAAGUAUCCAAAGGAGCUACUGAUGAUCAAAUUAAAAGAGCAUAUAGAAAAUUAGCUUUGAAAUAUCAUCCUGAUAAGAAUCAAGGAAAUGAAGAAGCUAAUAAAAAAUUUGCUGAGAUUAAUAAUGUAUAUGAAGUGUUAUCGGAUCGUGAGAAGAGAAGUAUUUACGAUAGGUAUGGUGAAGAAGGACUUAAACAACAGGCUGGUAAUGGUGGUAGAGGUGGUGGGAUGAAUAUGCAAGAUAUCUUUAGCUCCUUCUUUGGUGGUGGUGGUCAAGAAGAAGAGGAAGAUAAGGUUUUGAAAGGAGAUGAUGUCAUUGUUGAUCUAGAUGCCAAUUUAGAAGAUUUAUAUAUGGGAGGUACAUUGAAGGUUUGGAGAGAGAAAAAUAUUUUGAAGCCGGCUCCCGGAAAGAGGCGAUGUAACUGCCGAAAUGAGGUGUAUCACAAGCAAAUUGGCCCUGGAAUGUUCCAGCAGAUGACAGAACAGGUCUGUGAGCAAUGUGCGAACGUAAAGUAUGAAAGGGAGGGGUAUUUUGUUACUGUUGAUAUUGAAAAAGGCAUGGAGGAUGGGCAUGAAUUGGUAUUCUAUGAGGAUGGUGAGCCCAUAAUAGACGGAGAAGCCGGAGAUUUGAAGUUUCGAAUAAAAACUGCACCUCAUGAUCGUUUCAGAAGGGAAGGAAAUAACCUGCACACAACUGUUACCAUAACCCUGGUCCAAGCUCUUGCAGGCUUUGAAAAGACGGUCAAACAUCUUGAUGACCAUUUAGUGGAUAUCAGCUCAAAGGGAGUUACUAAACCCAAGGAGGUAAAGAAGUUCAAAGGAGAAGGGAUGCCUGUUCAUUUUAGCACAAAGAAAGGAGAUUUAUUUGUUACCUUCGAAGUUAUAUUCCCUACUUCACUAACAGAAGAUCAGAAGACCAAGAUCAAGGAUAUUCUCGGUUAGAUAUACAAGAUGGUCAAGUCUUUUUCCAUUCUUCGCCAUAUUUGGGUCAAAGAUGUGUUCAUUGUACCAUGAUGAGAUCGAACUUAAAUGUAGGAUAGUCUAAGAAGGGAUUUCCUUCCUACAAGAAGAAAGUCCAUUUAGAAGGGAUGUGAAUGUCCAUUUUGUAACUCUCUCGAUAUUUGGUCUCAUAUGAUAAUACAAAGUUUCUUAGUUUGUUCUUCAAGUCUGAGAAUCUCAAGUAAAAAUAACCAACUCUCUCAA